AUCAUAACACCACACAUAUUACCACAGACAGACACACAGACAGACAGACCGGAGGUGUCUGAGAGCAGAUAACUGAAAGUGGUGUGUAGUUGAUACAGCCUUGUGUUUGGUGUGCAGUUUGGCCUAGCGUGUCGGUCAGUUAGGGGCAGGAUGGGAUGUCUCCAGCCGUACAUUACCAGUAUCCUGUUCAUCCUGAGUGGACUCAUCCAAUGGGGUGGGGCCAGGGUGCUUGUGGAGGUGCAGUCUGGCCCUCUGCAUCGUGUGGUUGGCUACCCUAUCUCCAUCUCCUGCAACGUGAGUGGCUUCUCUAACCCGUCGGCCCAGCAGGACUUCAGAUUCUCAGUCUACAAGCCAAAAAACCCCACCCAGGAGAUCCAGAUCAUCAGCACAGAUGACAAAAACUAUGCCAUGGCGGUGUACGGUGACCGCGUCAGGGGGGGUGUCAUCACUCUGGAGCGCCUGUCAGUGACCUCGGUCCUUUUCCACGUGAAGAGUCUGGAGGAUGGGGACGAGGGAGAGUAUGAGUGCCACACCCCAAACUCAGAAGCUGUAUAUGACGGGACAUACAACGCAAAGACCACAUUGAAGGUGAUUGGGGACACCCUGACCGCCUCCUCUACUGGCCCCGCCUCAUUUAGCCUAUCAGAGGGUGACGACCUAACCCUGCAAUGUCUCGCCUCCAGCAACACCUUCCAGCACACCCACCUGUCCAUCACCUGGUAUCACCAUGGAGACAGGGAAGCCUCACCCCACCCCAUCAUCUCUCUGGACCGUGAUUUGAAGGUGAGUCCGGGUCAGCGGUUUGAGGGUCGAUACCAGGCAGGGUUCAUUGUUUUGGACAAGCUGGAGGAGGCCACCUACAGGCUGAAGAUGGCCAGGAUUGAGCUGUCCGAUGCAGGGAGGAUCUCCUGCCAGGCCCAGGAGUGGAUCCAAGACCCAGACCGGAGCUGGUACCCAAUCGCCCAAAAAGACACACAGCCAACCACUUUGGAGGUCAAAGCCAUAGACCAGGGUUCUAUGGUGGUGAGUAUGACCGUGCACAAAACACACCUUCAAGAGGGGGAGGAGCUAUCCUUGCAGUGCAUUGUGAACACACAGGGCCCGGUGGGUCAGUUCUUCUCAGUGGCCUGGGUCAAGGACAACCAGGAGCUGGCCCAUAUUGGGCCCACGGGGGUCCUGUCUGUGGGGCCGGAGUAUGGGGGGCGAGAGAGAGGGAGCGAGCUGAGAGCUGUGCGAACGAGGGAGAAGACACACCUGCUCACCCUGCGACCUGUCAGAACCCAGGACCAGGGAGUAUACCACUGCAGGGCCUGGCCAGAGGAGAGGGAUGGGAACGGAGUCUUCACACAGGGAUCCACCCAGGACUCCACCACAGAGACUAUCACCAUCACAGCUACAGAAAGUGGUUUGGCUGUUGCCAUGGAGACCCAACAGGUGAGUGUUGACGAAGGGGAUGCGCUACAACUCAGCUGUAGAGUGAGCGGGGUCAAGGGUCAGCUCUCUAUCACCUGGCAACACAGAUCAGCCUCAAUGGCAACAGGCCCCUUCAGUGAUGUCAUCAGCCUGAGCCGUGUGGGUGUGAUGGAACUGGGGGCAGAGUUUGGGAAGCGUAAUGUUCGUACAAUGCGUCCCAUGGCAGACAUAUUCACCCUGGAGCUGGGUGAGGUCACGCCCUCUGACGCAGGAGCCUAUCAGUGCACCGUCUCUGAGUGGACCACGGAAGCCAACGGCAACAGCAAGAAAACUCACAGCCAAUCACAGGACUGCAGCGUAGAGGUUCAUCAUGUGGAGUCUCUGCUGAGUGUGCACCUGAGUAGUCGUGGUGUCCAGGUGACAGUGGGGGGUGAGGUGGAGCUGGUGUGUCGGGUUCAAGGGCCCUCCCUCCCAGUUACUGUAACGUGGAGCCUGCAGCGUGAGGGGCAGUCUGCCCCAGACAACAUCCUGACCCUGUCGUACACUGGUGACAUCACGUGGAGUGGCGACCAGAGCAACUACCAGUUGAGGGCGACCACCGGGAAGAAGGAAGUGCGUUACUACCUCCGCAUCAUCAAAGCGAGCCACAAGGAGGCUGGGCGCUACCAGUGUGUGAUCUCAGUGUUCCUGCAAGGGAGACACAGGAAGCCACAGAACUCCAACGCUCUGGGUGUGCUGGUCCAGACUCCAAAGGGUGUACUCACCUUGUCCUCUAGCUCCUCCCCUCUGGAUCAGAGUGUCAACACAGACAUACAGAUGGAAUGCUCCGUAGCCAAAGCAACCUCUAACUCAUCCCGCUUCGCUGUCAGCUGGUUGGCCCAGAAGAACGGGGAGGGGAACAAGACGGUCCUCAGCUCAGACCGUGAUGCUGUGAUAACACUAGGGCUGGGAUUAGGCACAGAACAGCGAAUCAGCAUGAGAAGACGUGAGGGGCGGAGCUUUGAGCUGACCAUUCGACAGGCCCGUAGCUGGGAUAGUGGGAUGUACUACUGCGUGGUGGAGGAGUGGCUACAGGAUCCUCUUGGUCGAUGGUACAAGCUCCUGCCCUCUUCUGUAGCCAUGGAACUCCGUGUACUCCAGACAGUGACUGACCUCAGUGUUAACCAGACAGAUCUGGAGAUGGAGGUCAAAGAGGGGGAGGGGGCAGAGUUGACCUGUGUCUUGACCUCAGGUGACCCCGCCUCUCUCUACUCUCUCACCUGGUUCUACAUGAGGCGUGGCUCCUCCUCCUCUCUCAGGGUUCCUCUAGUGAUUCUGGGCCAUGAUGGUGUCCUGAAGUACCCUGAGGACCAGGACAAUCAAGGGCUCCAGGACCAGAAGGGGAGGCUGAUCUUCUCCAGGCCCACCCAUGGUACCUUUCUGCUGGGUCUGCAGAGAGCUCUUCAGGGUGACAGUGGAGUCUACCAGUGUCAAGUGGACCAGUACAAGCUCAUUCAUAGCAACUGGGAAUUAAGCGCCACCAACCAAUCAGGAACAACCAACCUCACUGUACGACGACCAAUAGAAGAUGUGUCUGAGUCGCUGUUUGAACGAGGAUUCGUUACUGAAUCAGUUCUAGGCAUCUUCAUCCCUCUUGUCUGUAUCCUGGUGAUUCUUGUCGUGGUGCUGUCAAUCAAGCUGAAUCGGCAGGGCUCAGCUGGAAACAAGAAACAGGCCAAAUCUCUGUGGCUGGAGUUUAACCCACUGAAUCCACGCCCAGAAGACUGAGCACAGGGGAGAGGAGAGAAGUGAAACAGAGAGAGGAUGCAUAGAUGAGAGGAAGAGUACAUCAGUGAGGAGAAGACAUGAGGAGAGAAAAGGAGAGGAUGUGGGAUGGGGAGGGAUGAUAAGAGUGGGAAGGGGGAUAUGUGAGAGAACAGGAAAGGAGAUGGGGGAGAGGGCGGAAUGAGCAUUUUUUUAAAUGUUAAUCUUGUUGAUUUUUUGAUCCAAGAUGUUUUUUACUUGUUUACAAAUAGAAUUUACAGUUGCACACAUUUUCUAGAACUUGAAAUGUACAUUGGCACUGCUUUAACUUUGUUGCAACUUUUUUCAAAUGUAGUUUUACAUCAGUAUUCUCUGAUCACUCAAAACUCAAAGGAUCAUGUCUGAUCAUUGUUUGUAUGAAUGAGUUUUUCACAAAUAUUAUAUUUGUGAAUUGUUGAAAGAUAUUCUGCCAUGCUCUGUACGCAUUUGUAACAUUUUGCCUCAAGAAUGAAUCCGUUUUAUUUCUUAACUUGUUUGAGUUGGGACUGCUUACGAGACUUUUGAAACACUUCUGAAAGAACUCUGAGAAAGUCUUUAUGGUAUCACAAACAUUUUAUAUGAAGAGAUGAAUGAAGCGCUGCUCUCAGACAUGUAUCAUUUGUAAAGUUGCUGGUGUGUUAUCUGGUUUGUAAUAAAUAGAGUAUUAUCACAUGA